CUCGUCCUCUCCAAUCUCGUUCUAACCAAACACUUCUCUCCAGCAAGCCUCCCAUCCAGUGAUCAGAGAGAGAGAACUAAAAGGUAAGAUGCUGAGUGCGUCCACCCCGACCCAGACGCCCCCAAGCGGAGAGGACAGUUCUGGUUCUGACAGGGGGUCAGAGGUCAGUGUUGGAGCUCCAGCCACAGAGACAGACCGCUUCGGCUUCAUCCUGGGGAAUGGAUCCACUGCUGGGAGUGAAGGCCCGCCCCCUGAGCUCGUUAGACAAAGAGAGGCCAAAUGGAUCAACAUCAUAAGCCAAUGGGAUCGUGUCUUACUAAAAAAGUCCAGUAAGGUCAAAGAGCAGUGUCAGAAAGGCAUCCCAGCAUCCCUCAGGGCUAAGUGUUGGCCACUGCUGUGUGGCGCCACAGACAGAAUGCGCCACAACAAGGACCUCUAUCAGACUCUGGACUCCAGACCCGCACUACAGAGCUGGGUGGACGUUAUAGAGAGAGACUUAGACCGCCAGUUCCCCUUCCAUGAGAUGUUCCUCUCCAGAGACGGCCAUGGACAGCGUGGUCUGUUCCGGGUGCUGAAGGCCUUUACUCAGCUGAAGCCUGAGGAGGGUUACUGCCAGGCCCAGGGACCUGUAGCAGCUGUACUGCUGAUGAACAUGCCUACUGAGCAGGCAUUCUGGUGUCUGGUGCAGAUCAGUGAACAGUACCUCCCUGGCUACUACAGUCCCCUUCUGGAGGGGGUUCUCUUUGACGCAGCCAUGCUGACCAGGGUGCUGAAGAGGACGUGUCCCGCGGCUCACAAGCACCUGCAGAGACACGGCGUGGAGCCUCUGAUGUUCGCCACCGAUUGGUUGAUGUGCCUGUUCACACGCCACCUACCCUUUAACACCCUGCUCAGGGUCUGGGACCUGUUCUUCUGCUACGGAGUGCGUGUGUUGUUCCAGGUGGCGGUGGUGUUGGUGCGCAGGGCUCUGGGCCGGGUGGAGCAGAGGGAGGCGUGCGAGGGCCAGAUGGAGACUCUGGAGAGGCUGAGGGGUGUGAGGGAGCAGGUGCAGCAGGAGGACGAUACUUUCAUUGCAGAGGUGUGUUCUGUCCCCCUGUCAAGUAAGGAUCUGGAGAGGCAGACGGAGAGAGAGCUGGAGAAGUGGAGAAUGGAACGGCCCGCCUCCACCUUUGAUCCCCGGGGUCGUUGCCACGGAUAUCGGAUGGCGUGGGCGAGGGUUCAAGAGAGGGAGGAGGAGAGGAACAGGAAGGAGAGGAAGAAAGGGAACCUGUCCCUCCCUCUGAUUCGCUCGCCCUCCCUCCUCUCUCUCUCUCCCUCGCUCCUCCGCAAGAGGUGGAUGACAGGGAGUAGGACAGACAUAGGGGAGUGGGAGGGAGAAGGCAGAGAGGUAGGGAAGGUUUCAGAGGAGGUGUGGGAGGAGAGAAGCGAGGGAGGGAAUCUGAGGAGAAGAAGUGAGAUGGAUGGUAGUCCAGUGAGGGCUCCGGGUGUUCCACGUCCACCUACAGAGGACAGGGCCCCAGUGGAAACGAGAGAACCGUUAGAACACAAAGAAUCCUUAGAACAGGAGGACAGAAGACAGAAAACCCAGCUGACCCCAGAUUCAGACGGAGAACCUUCCCAGCAGCGUCAGCUCACCUCUGACCACAGCGUCACCUCACAGGGCCAGGGAGGGGAGCAGGGGGGUUUCAGCCAGACACCGGUCUCUGAGCAGCACAGCGACAGACAGACACAGGAAACUGAUCACAGUAAAGACACCAUGCAAAGACAGGAAGUACUGAACAAACAGUCAACAGCGAGUGCAAAUAUCAUCACAGUGCAUAUAGCGACAGAGACGAAGGGUGAGGCAGAGAAAAGCAAGGAGACAGAGACACAUGCAGAAGCAAAGACAGAGGAGGAAACUGCUCCACACACACACACAGAACUGAAGACAUACACAGAAGCAAAGACAGAGGAGGAAACUGCUCCACACACAGAACUGAAGACAUACACAGAAGCAAAGACAGAGGAGGAAACUGCUCCACACACACACACAGAACUGAAGACAUACACAGAAGCAAAGACAGAGGAGGAAACUGCUCCACACACAGAACUGAAGACAUACACAGAAGCAAAGACAGAGGAGGAAACUGCUCCACACACAGACACAGAACUGAAGACAUACACAGAAGCAAAGACAGAGGAGGAAACUGCUCCACACACAGAACUGAAGACAUACACAGAAGCAAAGACAGAGGAGGAAACUGCUCCACACACAGACACAGAACUGAAGACAUACACAGAAGCAAAGACAGAGGAGGAAACUGCUCCACACACAGACCUGAAGACAUACAUUGAAGCAAAGACAGAGGAGGAAAUGGAGGCAGAGGUACAGAAAGGACUACACACAGAUAAAAGUGUAGAGACCGAGACGGACAUGGGGUCAAAAGAGACAGCGACUCAAACAGAUGUGAAUACAGACACAGAGACAGCGACUCAAACAGAUGUGAAUACAGACACAGAGACAGCGACUCAAACAGAUGUGAAUACAGACACGGAGACAGACACACAACAAGAGGCAGAUGUAAACUUGGAGGCAGAAACAGACACGGGCUCACUGACCGAGAGAGACAAAGGCACUGACACAGACACACACACCGACAAGGAGAUACAGGCACGUACAGAGAUCCAUUCACACAAAGGGACAGAGACGCACACAGAUGAAAAAUCUGAGGCAGAGAGAGAAACGGCGUUAGAGACACAUACAGAACCAGAGAGACAGGAAGAAAACGAGUCAGCGAUGCACAUAGAGGCAGACACAAGAGUAGAGGCAGAGACAGACUUGGGGUCACAGAUUGAGGCAGAAACACAGAUGGACAAAGAAUCAGAGAUACAGGUAGAUGUAUACAUAGGGAUUGAGACGCGCACAGAGAAAGCCACUGACACAAACACAGGGAUAGAGACGACCAUGGAGUCUCCACAUGACAUUCAGAGACACACAGAGACAGCAAAGACAGAGGUACAGUACACAGAGCCCUCUAGCAUAAUACCAGCCAAUCAGAGCCAGGUUUCUCCAGAGUUGACAUCCACUACUGAGCCUGCGGAGGAGAGGGACUCAUCAGAACAGAAGCUUCCUGAAAAACCCCAGAGUCCAGUCACCAUCCAUCCAGGUCAGGAGACCCAGAAAGUCAGAGAGAGUGAAGGAGAGAAAGCCUCAACUGACAUCCUUCCACCAUUACAUCAGAGGGAAUCACUGACAGGUGACUUCCCUCACAUACCUGACAACCCGAAGUCACAAAGUCAGAGUGAGUCUCCCCCUCCUGCAGACUCAAAGGCUGACUCUGGCAACUCGGUGUCCACACAAAUUGAUGUCUCGUCCCAAAGGACUACGCCCUGUGAUGGACCGUGGGCAACCCCUUCCGGAGACUUCCGGCUCUGCAAAUCCUCCAGCUCCCGAAGGCUCACCCGCAGGCUCUCUGAGGAUCUCUUCACUAACCCCAACCAAUCACAACCCACCUUCACACAAUCCAAUCAAUCAAAUAUAGGCUUCAUUCAGUCCAAUCAACCACAACCCACAUCUCCCAUUCAGGUACCAAAGCACCCAGAAUCACCCAAACGAGUGACAGGGAGCAACCCGGACACUGUCCCACCUCAGACUGGGCCUACCGACACCCCCAGGCUAUUUGGUCUCUUCCGCAGGCUCAAAGGGGAGCAACCAAGGCCGGACAAGGAGAAAGGGGAGCACAAAGUCCCCAUUCCUCAAAUCCUGAUCCAGGACUUCAGUGAUGGGACGGGUGAGGGGAGCACGGUCAGAGGGGAGGAAGAGGAGAACCUGAGCUCCAGAGAGAGGAGGAGGAGACGGAGGGAGCAGGAGAGGAGGGAGAAAGAGGAGGACAAGUUACAGAAGAAGAGGGAGAAGGAGUUAGAGAAAGAGAGAAAGAGGGAGAGGAGGAAGCCUCAGACGAGGGGGAAGAGUUUUCAGGUGCUACACAGCAGUGUUCCCCUUCCUGGAAACAGUGGCUCACAGACAUUUGGUUCCAAAAGAAACUCAACUCCAUCUAUGGAGACAUACUUUUAACAAGCAAGGAAAGAAAUAGACAUACUAAAAGUUUUUACAAACCACAAAAAUUACUCAUAAAGCAUCUCAUCCAAGUGUAGACUUGAAAAUAAAAAAUGUUUUUUUUUUUAAUUCUAGA